AUGAUGGCAAACUUUGGCAACGGUAGCCUUUUGGGGAACCAAAAGAGGCGCAAUUUCAUCUAUAAUCCAUCUGUUUCUCGUCACCUAGCGCAAGAAAGUGGCGCCCAACUUCGAUCUCGGGUGCCUAACAUUAAGCAUGAAUCUCCGUAUAAAAGGUUCAAAAACUCGAAUGGCUUGCCGACAAAAAGACUAGAGGAGAUUGCUACAGAAGAUGCGUGCCGUGAUCUACCAUCAGAUGCUUUUGAUGAGGAGAUCGUUGAUGAUUUUGAUGAUGAGUUGUUGACAGCCGAACAGCUUGACCAGUGUGAUAGAAUGGUUUCACGAGAGCUAGAGACGCAGCGGACAGACCAUAAUGUCGAUUUUAUCGCCAAUUUACCGCAGAAAGACGAGCAUCGUAAUGCGUCAAGGAACUUUGUUCCCUCUGCCUCACAUCUAGACCGUGGACAGGGAUCUUCUGAUGAAGACGAGUUGCUUGCUUCUCAUUGCACUCAAGACUAUGCCACUUAUUCCACACCCACAAAAGCCCAUACAAACUUUACUGAUCUACCUAGAAUCCCAGUAAACGGUUCCAGGAUCCUACGAGCACCAGUAGUCACAAAUCUAGAGGAGACUGCAAAUUGUGUCAAAACAGUGGUGAAAGGUGAUUCAUUAUUAGAAACCUUUGUGGAACACCCUUGUGGCCCAAGCAACUUUCUGCCUAAAAGUGAUACAGAUUUUGUUACUACUGAGGGAAAGGCUUCCGUUGCCAAUAACUUUGAUAAUAACUUCCAUGAUCACUCCAAAGAUGAACAAAUGAAUUCAUUAAGAAAGGAAAUUGAAAAAUUAAAAACGGAGUUCAUGUCUUCAAAUGCCAAAGUCAAAAGACUUGAAGACGAAAAGUUCUGUAAAGAUGGGGAGAUCAGGAUAUUAAAGGAUUCUCUCAGCCACUUUGAAAAUGAGGAGAAGAAGAGACAAGCAGAGGUUAAGGCCAUCGCAGAAAAACAAGCUAGGGAACAAAGCCAACAAGAGAAAGAAUUACAAAAACAAGUUGAAAACUUAACCACACAAAUUCAGUUUAAAGAUCGGGAAAUCUCUCAACUAGUCGAAAGAAACAAGAAAAGAUCAAGUUCUUCAACAGAGUUGUGCAGUACUCCACAAAAGAAACCUGUGAACUUAAGUGAGGUUUUCCCAACGGGAAGCUCUUUCUUCCAAAAAAAGUCUCCUGAGGCAAAGGUGAAAUCACCUAGGGCUACUAAACUGAAUGUGAAGAAUAUGGAAACUCCUGGUAAAAACAACUCACAAAGACUCUCAGAGGGAGACAAUUCUGAGAGUUCGGUACAAAGUGCAACGUCAAGCGGAGCUUCAACUAUUGAGAGAACAAGAGCUCAACGCAGAGAAGCCGAAGUCAGGGAAAGGCAAGCUGUCCAACUUUUCUCUCACAAUUUUCAAGAUGUUGAACUUGUCCAAAAUUUGAUAUCACCACAAGAGAAAGAACUUAACAUUCCUUUCCAAGAACCUUAUAACAGAACAUUAAAUUAUGGUAGCAUAAUUUCACUUUUGACUCUUGACCGGUCCUCUUCAAGCUCUUGCAGUGUAACCCAGAGAACAACACUUAAUGACACAGAUACUUCACACACCCUGCGUCUUUUGGACACUCAAGCAACCUCCAAACUGCAGAGAUCUGUUGCUGAUUUAACUCAAAAGGACUCCCUAUCUGACAGCCAGGAUAACUCCUUAGUGCUGCAAACUUUAUCUGUGCUUUUAAAUCACUGUCACACACAGCGAGGCAGUGAAAACAUGACUUUGCCGUCAUGGUCUAAGCAUUGCAUGUUAUCUCCAGCCACCAAUUUUCUUCCUUUAAUAGAGAGCCAUAUUGCAAAUUAUGUGGAACAGAGGACAGACAGUGGUGAUGAAAACUUUUUGGGCACAUGUUUGCCAAGAAGUUCCCCAACACCUGAUUCCCCAGAUCCAAGGGACAGCGCCAGUUUUGAAAGUGAUCACACAAGAAAUCUUGCUUUCUUGCAGGAAAUUGCUCUUAUUUCCCUGAGACUACUAAAUAUUAUUGUACUGUACAGCAGUGAAGUUCAUGAAUUUGUUUUGAAAUCUGCAAGAGUGUUUAGUGAAAUUGAGAGUGAUCAUGAAAAUGACAACAGGGUGGACAGAGAAGUCGAAAAACAAAAGGUAAGCAUUGUGCAAGUAUUGUUAACAAAGUAUCUACCACUCAUCAUUUUAAAAUCAUUUUCUUCUGUCUUAUAGAUCUACGGUGAAGUAGGGGAAAGUUUUGGAUGAGUCCUAAAACAACCGUUAUAUUCUUACUGAGAUUGGAUUGUAGCAGAUUUUUAGAUGGCUGUGACUUUCAAGCAACCAGCUAAAAUCAACAUCUAGUUGACACAGAGGUGUUGACUACUGACAGAAAAGUAAUAUUUUUUAAGUGGGACAACAAAUCCAUCGUAUUUCACUUAAUUUUGGUUCCCAACACUUUUGUUUGGUUGAUACAAAUGUGGGUAAAGAAAAGGUGUUAUCUUCAUGGCUAGAAUUAAUACCUGGUUGCUAAAAAUACACCAAAAUGCACUUUUUAUAAACCUCAGAUGAAAUGAAAGGGGUAACCUGCUUCCCAUUACUAACCCCUACAGAUGAUUCUUCCACAUGAAUGACCGGCAGUUUGAUCUUAUAAUAUUGAUUGCCACCUACUUCAUGUUUUUCUCCUUGUAAUUCAGUUUUCCGGAGAACCCUGCUUGAAGUCUACUUUUGAUCUGACUGUUGACCACUGUCAGCACCCUUGACAUGUGAAGUGAAGUGAUAUCGGAGGAAGACCAGACACGACCAGGGUCUUUGCCUAAAAGCAAGCUCUCCAUUAAUUCUGGGAGUUGUGGGAGGGUGAAGGUCACACUAUUAUUGAGGUGCCAUCUUUCCCCUGCCCUAAUCUUCAUACUGCACUCUUGCAUAAACUUCAACCCUCAAAAUUUUAGGGUGGUGAAUUAAUGCUUGCAGGCUACCAGGGUUUUUUUUCCUGUACUCUUUUUAAAUAGCAGUAAGCAUCCUGUGGCUACUAAAUUGCAGAUUUGUAAUUUUCUUUUUUUUCUUUUGUGUAAAUGGAGAUAUUCUCCAGUGAAGAAGGAGAAGGAAGCUUUUGUCAGCACCCAUUGUUUUCAAGUCUCAAAAUUGCCAUCAAAAAGGUAAAAUCAAAGUUGCUGUCAAAGCUAUUCUGGAAUAUACAGUUUGUGUGUUUUUUUGUUUGCUUGUGUUCUAGUUAUAAAGCUGUGCCAUUUAUCUAUACUGUCUUAUAAUAUCUUGUUAUUUCCAAGGAUCCCAACAGGCAAAUGGAAGUAACUACAGAGAAAGGUAUGGCUGAUAGAGUCAGGAAUUAAACAGCAGGUUGUUCAAAAGUUUGAUAAAGUUGGAUUUAUUCAGUGGAUAGUGUUUCCCUAAUACCCAUCUACUGGAUUGUGACUUAUCCAGGUGUUAGUGUAUACAAAACAGGUGAAGACUUGUUGUAGAAAGCAAAUUCAGCUAUUAAACAAAUUCAAAUACAUGUACUGUGUGACGAGAGAAUCUGGCUUGUUUACUGUCUCCAGUCUAGUUGUUUCCCCCCCGGGGGGGAAGGUACUUUAGGAAUUUCUGGGUGGGGAUGUGCCGCUAGGACCCUGGAACCCUUAACCUAUACCAGAGCUAGUUCAGCAGAAUUUUGCUACCCUAUACUAGAGUAAACUCCCCAAAUCCCCCCUAUCCUAGAGUAGCUGUUUUCCAGAAACUACUGAGGUCACUAGCACAGUCUAGCCAAAACAAAACCUUAUACCACAAUCCCUAGUCUAGAUAAAAUCUUCAACCAACUACUGAUCAGUUUCCUAAAAAAUGAUACCUUAUUCUAGACCCAAACACUCUGAUUUAAAUGAUUUUUUAAAUGAGCAACCAUUUUAAUUGUGUGAAGGAGUUUGACUCAUCCUCCUCCUCUAGAAAAAUUAAUUUACAAUAAUUGAUGUUGAGAUAAUAGCUUUUGAUCUUUGCCUUUAGAUGUCAAUACAAGUAGAGGAGAAAAUGUUGUUGAACGUACAGAACUGCUGGGCUACCUUUUCAAACUGUUGGUACCUCAACCAGUGAGUUGUAACUACCAUAAACAUAUUUUUGUUUGUUGUUUGGUUCAGUCACUAAGCCUCUGCGUAGUUGUGAUUGCCUUUGGUUUUAUUUAUGGGUUAGUAAUGUCUACGAAGCAGCGCUGAUAUCCUUGUUCUGGGCCCCAAAUAGACAGUCUCAUUGAAUUACUGGAAAUGCAUUUUGAGUUUCCCUUCAACCUGAUUGGCAAAUCGACAAUAACAUUUUUAACAGUCCAAUCCCGGUACACAGGUGGGGACCCAGAACAAGAAUUUCAGCCCUGUUUCACAGAAGGACUUAACCAGAAGUUUAGUUCCGUCUGUGGCACAGGCUAUUUAUCGGUUUGAGUAAUGGGUAUGAAGUAAUAUUCCAAUAUACCCUCUAAUCUUACCUAGUCGUGGUCUUCUGUUGUGCAUGAAAACAAUUUCAUUCAGCUCUACCUUCAAAUAACCUGGACAGGUAGUUAUUCUGUUGUUUCAAUAUUAUAGAAUAUUUGCUGCUCACCAUUUCAUUAAACAUGACAUGAUUAUAUGAAGAAAGUUAAAUUUCAAUGCAGCAUGAUAAAGAAGGCCAGGCUGAAGAUAAUUUGUUCGCAUAAGAACACAGCUCAUUGUAAAUUAAUGUGACAAAUUAAUAUAACAAUAUUAUUCUUUGAGCUUAUUGGACAUGGCAGUUACAUGAUUUUCAUAAUGAAGCACAGUAUGUACCCUUCCCCUCCUUCAAUAAAAAUUCUGAUUCUCGGGUCAUGAAUUCUUGGGUAAUCUUCUCAGAGAGAGAUGUUUUUGUAAGAGUGACUUCUUGUUUUGAUUUUUUCUAGAAAGAAUCUAUGGUUGUUACUUAUGCUACACUGCAAGUUUUAAUAUCUCUGUCAAGAAAUUGUGAAGUAAAGUAUUGUACAAGGUUUGUUUGUUAGUAAUUAUUACUGCAUGUUACGGGAUAAUUUACUUUUGUGAUUCUAGUAAAAUUUUUGGUCUACUACACUCAUGAUUGCAGUAAUGGCCAGGGUCUGGACAGGUAUUUUUAGGAUCUGGGAUUUGACCAGCAUUAUAUUUAUAUUUAUUAUUAUUAGUAGUAUUAUUAUUGUUGUUGUUACAUGGCGUAGCGUAUAUAGAAAAUUUUUCUAUCCUCAUGUUAUCUUUUAAUUUUCCUCCAAUUAGAAUGUUGCCGUUACUGUCUGAGAGUCUGCUUUCUCAGUGUCUGUCCAGGGACUGGUGCUUAACAUCACUGUCAUUGGUCACAUCAGUCCUUACCCCUCUAAUACGACACCAAGGCAUAGUAAAAAGGCUGUGUUCUCAAUCAGGUAAAUGCUUUAUAAUAUUAUAAUAAUCUUGAUUUAAAUUAUCGGCACUGCCGGCAAUUUGACUGUAUGUGAAAAGUAAAUUCAGGGUUGUCACUAAGAUUUCUAGUUGCCAGGCAAAAUAAAUACAAAAAGUAGGCAGGGAAUCAAACAGCUAGGGAUUUCUUUUCUUUCUGUUUUUCUUCCGUUUUCCUUUGAAAGUAGCCAGGGAAAAUCCCCAGCCCCCACCUCUUAGUGACAGUCCUGAAAUUAUUAUAAAUCAUUCAAAUGCCAUGAUUGAUUCAUCAGUAAGGGGUUUGUUAGGGGCGGAAUGGAACAAUGGAACAAACAGUGGUGUAGACAGGUGUUAUUUUUUCUGCACCUUUCCCCAUUGCGUGUGUCUGGUGUUCCUCACUUGCUUCGUGCUUGCUUUUGCUCACCCAAAAAAUGGAAACAAUAACAUCUGUUACGCAGGCUAGCACUUUGCCAAAAGUGUUCAAAAGCUUGCUCGUCACUAGCUAUGCUAGCACAAGCACAAGCAUAUCAGAAGAGUAAGCAUGAUGCAAGCAUACAAUUUAAAUAUAAAUAUGAGCAUUAUAAGAAGGUUAUGUACUUGUUGGCAUGGUUGUCACAUAAGCAUAAGCAUAAGCAUAAGCUAAACAUAAGAAGAACGCAAGGUUUUGAUAUAAAAAAAAAAUUAUUGGGUCCAUGCAUAUGCUUAUGUAAAGGCCAAUGAUCCACACUAGUGCAUAAGCUCCUUAUGCUCCAACUUAUGCUUAUGCUUGUAUCGCUAGUGAGGACCAUGCAAUGCUUAUGCUUAUGUUCAAGAUAUGCUGUUCCUUUACCCCUUUAUAUCUUUAGUCCUUGUUUUUAAUUGCAUGCUAACUUAAGAGGUUUCAUUGUCAAAAGGUGAAUGCAUUUUACUGAAGAUCUACCAGGGCUGGCUGUUUAGACCAGACGAUGUUUCUGUCCAUGAUUAUCAACAAGUUCAUUUACAGGUACCAAAUAGAUAAAAUGAGACACAACAAUCAUGAUAUCAUUUUGUAAAACAAUACUUGGUAUAUUUAAUCCAGCUCUAUGUUGUUCAUGAGGUCCCUACAGUAGUGGUUCAAUUUUUUUUGUUGCUUUUAUUUCAUUCCUCAGAUUGUUAGCUUUGUAAAUAACCUCCUUUCAAGCAACGAUGCAUCGAUUUUGUUUUUUCAUCCGGAGAGUGAAUGCCACUGCAAUAUUGAGGUGAGAAUCUACCUAAUGGUAAAUCUUAAAUUUCAGCUUGCCCUUUGGAUGAGCAUUGUCAGUCUUAGUUAAUGAUUUAGAAUAACAUAGCUGAACCCUUCCCUGUCCCAUUUGGCAAGUGGACAUAAAAAGUUACUCGUCUACCAAGAAAAUCUAUUUGUCCCAAACAACCAGGCAGAAGUUUUUAAGAGAUCAGCCCUUGCCCCAGUUAAGGUAUUCAUCUCCUUUGGACAGUGAAAUUAAGCUUUAGGGCCUUGCCUUUGUAUUUUAGUUUUUCCUUGUCAUUAACGUAGAGGAGAAUAUAAGCAAAAAAAAGUUUCAAAAACACUUCUUUUAAAAAAGGGCAGGCUACCUUUACCCUGGUAGUGGGAUCUAUGUUAUGUUAUAGGUCAAAAUUAAAUUCAGCUUAAAAACUUUUUUGUCGUAGGUUGAUUCUCUAAACCCAAAAUAUUUAAUGUUUUGGGCUAGUAGACAAAGGAAAAAGAGAAUUACCCAAGGUUUAGUUAUUUAACUUCAAUUUAAUUUUGAUUUAUAACAUACUGUACUAAUACAUGGCUAGAAAGGAUCCAUUAUUUUUUAGGAGGGGUAUCCAGUUGAUAUUUCUUUUCUUUUAACUGCAGUCAAGUUAUUUUAGCCAGUUUGAAAAGGUAAAGGUAUUCCAUUCUUUCCUUGUACUUUGUAGCUGAUAAAGUGUCUCGUGUUGAUGUUGGAUAAAGUGGUCAGUUCCGUGGUUCAAGUUUCAUAUGAUUCACUGUUAAAGGAUUCACAGAACCGGUGAGUGAGUUUCUGUAGAGAUUUAAAUGUUUAUGAGGUAGCAACAACAACAUUCUCUUUAUAAUUCUAUUUUGUUCUUCAAUAGUAUAAUAAUUUGUAUUUUAAUACUAUUUGACAUUUGCGUACCAUGGAUGCCCUGCAUUUAAUCUUGGGAGCCUAAGCGAGGCUUGGCAUUAAACAAUUAGCAAUGGGCAAACUUUUGUCAAUCAAACAACAGACAUGAAGGAGACCAUAACAUUAGCCAGGGGACGUUUAUAAGACAGGGUUAUCUAGUACAAACUUUAACAGAUUAGGGGGGUGUUUAUUAGACAAGAGGCAUUUAUCUAAGAAAUGGUGUCUGUCAGAUCAUUUCGUGGGGGAUAGUUUUUAGGGUGCCUCCAAAUUGACCAAACAGGCUUCUAAAGUACCGGGAUAUAGAAGACCAUUUUGAAACAUUUCUGAAGUAUUUAUUAUAGGCUAUAAGGAGUUUGAAACAAAUAAUUAAUAAAAUGCAAACAAAGGAUAAUUUUGAACCACUAAACAUAAAUGCACGAACAUACACCUGUAACAUAAAUUAAUGUACUAUGGGAAACUGCAAGAUAAAGAAAAGCAGUAUUAGUUAUAUAUUAAAAUAACAAAAUAAUAAUAAUAAUAAUAAUAAUAAUAAUAAUAAUAAUACUGUUAAUGAUAAUAUUAACAACAUACUUUAGGAUCUUCCAAAACGAUGCCAUUCACUCAUCUGUUGUUUAAUAUUGUUCCAGGCAAAGUCUGGUGUUGCUUCGGCAGAGUNAGCAGUAUUAGUUAUAUAUUAAAAUAACAAAAUAAUAAUAAUAAUAAUAAUAAUAAUAAUAAUAAUAAUACUGUUAAUGAUAAUAUUAACAACAUACUUUAGGAUCUUCCAAAACGAUGCCAUUCACUCAUCUGUUGUUUAAUAUUGUUCCAGGCAAAGUCUGGUGUUGCUUCGGCAGAGUGUAUUCCUACUGGCAACCUUGUGUCUAAAUGAUCGUCUUUUUGUGGAGCAUCGCAUUGAAGUGGAACAUCAGUAUGUGAAUGUUAUCAGUAGUGUGACCAGGCUGUAUCAGCGAAUUACAGGACUUAUUUCAGAAGCGGAGGGUAAGUGAUUUUGGAUGUAAGGGUGGAACUGAUCUUGCUGUAGAGUAUAAAUGAUUGGGUACACGGAAUAACACAAUUGCUGACUCCUUGUCUAAUGUCAAAAUCCCCCUUUGAUUCACCAUCGCAUACAAGGCAAGUUGAGGUAAUAUUUUGCAGUUAACUGAAAGUCACUUGGGAAUAUAAUUCCGGGCACCCCUUCAUUACUGUAGGACCCUAAAGGCCAUCAUUCGUCUUCGUUUCGUAAGAACUCUUAUGUUUCACUCACAGACCUCUCCCUUUCUUUAAUGAGUGGUUUAAGUACAUAUAACACGUGUACCAUUGUAGAAUAAAAUACUCUGCCUUAGUUCAUUGUUAGCCUGCUGUGCAGCCACUUUCUGGGGGGUUGGGGUUUGCAAGAACUAGAAUUCCCUUCAGUUGUGGUACACAGGGGAAUAAGUUACAGGAGGCAGGAAGGAGGGCAGGGCUAAGGAGACAGCCCCACCCUACUGAUUACACUUUUUACUCUCAUCAUCAUAGUUAUUAUCACUGUGAUCAUCAUACUUCCUCUGUCUUCAAAAUCAAAGAUAAGGGGCUUGCACAGGAAAUGAUCGGUAUUCUGUCUCCAAAAAAAAUAUGCCUGGACUAUAGGCUAGGAUUUCAUCACCUCUGCAACCAUAAUUAAAUUUUGUUUUGUGUUUAGUUCUUGCUGUUCAAGACCUUGUGGAUUUUGAACACAUUGAUGGAAUUGAUUGGUCCCAAGAGUCUGAAGAUGAGAUUGAUGAAACCGCUGAAGGAAUGGAUGUUGAUGAGUGA